AUGCCGAGUCUCCAAAAGGAGUGCGACAAGGCAGCACAUAUUCUCAAGGGCUUCAUUGAGAAAGGUAGAAUACCGGUUGAAGUCAUCGCGAACGCAAAGGGUCUAGCCAUAUUCUCGGGCUUCCGGGCCGCAAUGUACCUAGCUGGCGCCGGCGGCUCUGGUGUCGUCGUUGCACGUCUCGCCGACGGAUCCUGGUCUCCUCCAUCUGCCUUCUCAGUCACAUCGGGCGGUUUUGGCGUCGCAUACGGUCUUGAUGUGUACGACUGCGUGUGCGUGCUCAAUAUACAAGAAGCGAUCGAUGCUUACACGACGGGCGAGACGACGCUCGGAGCUGGCGGUACCAUGGCUGCUGGGCCUAUCGGAGGCAGGCCCCACAUCAACACCAAAGAAGUUAAGCCGGUCUGGACAUACACGAAAUCACGGGGCAUCUAUGGCGGCUUAACAGUGGACGGCACCAUUAUCAAGGAGCGAUCAGGUGUCAAUGCAGAAGCUUAUGGGCUGAAUAUCACAGCUGCGCAGAUUUUGAGAGGCGAGACGAAGUGGCCAUCAACCACACAGCUUCCUGAGGUUCUGAAGAUGGGUGAAGGGAAGAGUACGGAUGCGAAUGUUCUCGGUGCGGUCAGCACUGAACCGACGCCUGGCGAUUUGAAGGAGUGA